AUGGACCGAGGAAAGGGCCGAGGAAAGGGCCGAGAAAGGGCCGAGGAAAGGGCCAAGGAAAGGGCCGAGGAAAGGGCCGAGGAAAGGGCCGAGGAAAGGUUCGAGAAAAGGGCCGAGAAAGGGUCCGAGGAAAGGGCCAAGGAAAGGGCCAAGGAAAGGGCCAAGGAAAGGGCCGAGAAAGAGGCCGAGGAAAGGGCCAAGGAAAGGGCCAAGGAAAGGGCCGAGGAAAGGGCCAUGGAAAGGGCCGAGGAAAGGUUCGAGAAAUGGGCCGAGGAAAGGGCCGAGGAAAGGGCCAAGGAAAGGGCCAAGGCAAGGGCCAAGGCAAGGGCCGAGGCAAGGGCCAAGGAAAAGGAAGAGUCGGCCAAGUCGGAGCACAAGAAAAGGAACGGAAACGGCAGCAGCAGUGGCAGUGGCAGUGGCAGUGGCAGUGGCAAGGAAAAGAACAUAGCCGUCUACUGGCAGUACGAUUUGAAGGACUUUAUGCGGGGGGAGAUUAGGCUGUGCCACCAUGGCCAUUCCCUGUAUCUUCAUGCGGUCUACGACUCCCGUAGACGGCCACGGGAAAUGAAUAGUGAAAUUGUGCUGCCCGUGAAUGUGGACCCGUGGAACAUAUCCACCAAAUUAUCAUCCCGUGGCCUGCUGACUAUUACCGCGCCUCUCAAGACCGAUGUUCCCGAAGAAAAGAAGCGUUAA